AUGACUACACUUCAAAGUCAGGCUGGAAAAGAAACUGCUAAAGUUCAAAAAUCAGCUUCGGCUUUCAAGAGAUGGGGCAGAAAAGGCCCUUUUCUUAGAUAUGGUCUUCCCAUGAUCUCUCUUACUGUUUUUGGUGCUCUUGGUCUUGGCCAUCUUUUGCAGGGCAGCAAGGACAUUGCAAGGGUAAAAGAUGAUCAGGAAUGGGAAAUAAUUGAAGCCAGAAAAGCACUGUCUAGAACAGGACCAGUAAAUGCAUACAAGCCAAAAAAGAUUUCAUUGGAGGAUGAGCUUAAGGAUUUGCAACAAAAGGUAGACAUUAAUAACUACGAGUACAAGACUAUUCCUAAACCAAAUGAAGACAGGCGCGUCUAG